AACUUCUUCCUUAUUGACUUUUAAACCCAUACACUUGUUCCUUAUAUUCGUUUCCCUAACCCCUAAACAAAAAUCUAAAUCUCUUCUUCUUCUUCUUUGGUAUCAUCAAGAUUCAUCAAGAAUGUCUCAACACCAAAAAAUCUAUCCGGUCCAUGACCCUGAAGCUCCAGCGGCACGACCAACGGCUCCUUUGGUUCCUCGUGGUUCAUCAAGAUCAGAACAAGGAGACCCAUCUAAAGAAGACUCUUUGAACCAAAGGCCACAACGGUUCUUGCCUUUGACUCCACCAAAGAAGAAAGGAUCAAGAAGCUGUUGUUGUACAUGUGUUUGUUACACGUUUUGUUUUCUUUUGUUACUUGUUGUUGUAGUAGGCGCGACGAUUGGUAUACUUUACCUUGUCUUUAAACCGAAGUUACCGGAUUACUCUAUUGAUCGGUUACAGCUUACCCGGUUUGCGGUUAACCAAGAUUCGAGUUUGACUACGGCUUUUAAUGUUACUAUUACUGCUAAGAAUCCUAAUGAGAAGAUUGGGAUUUACUAUGAAGAUGGGAGUAAGAUUACUGUGUGGUACUUGGAACAUCAACUAAGCAAUGGAUCGUUGCCAAAAUUUUACCAAGGCCAUGAAAACACAACAGUGAUAUACGUAGAAAUGACUGGUCAAACUCAGAAUGCAUUGAGUUUAAGAACAACAUUAGAAGAGCAACAACAAAGAACCGGGAAUAUACCGUUGAGAAUUAGAGUUAACCAACCGGUUCGGGUUAAAUUUGGGAAGUUAAAGCUCUUUGAAGUGAGGUUCUUGGUCAGGUGUGGUGUAUUUGUUGAUAGCUUGGCAACAAAUAAUGUUAUUAAGAUUCAAAGUAGUAGUUGCAAAUUUAGACUUAGGUUAUAAGUAUGUCUAAAUUUAUUUAUUUAUUUACAUUUCACUGUUAUAUAGUUCUCCUCUACACAACAUGAUUGUGUCUCAUACUCUCAGAGCUUUGUUGUAUAAAUAAAUUACUUAUUUUUGUUACA